GCUGACUCAUCGAUGCAUUUUUCUGCCUGACGGCUCAGGUGUCAGCAGCCCUGAGCCCUCGCGUAAUUUGGAACCCACACAAGGCAAAAUCAUCUUCACAUCCGCCUCUUCCUCCAAGUCCACCCAAAUCUCCCUCCAACCUCGUCGUCCGAGCUCAACGCCCUCCACCCACCUUCAAGAUGGAUUCCAGCAAGCAGCCCGUCAAGCUCGUCAAGGUGACCCGUGUCCUCGGCCGCACCGGCUCCCGUGGUGGUGUCACCCAGGUCCGCGUCGAGUUCAUGGACGACACUUCCCGUUCCAUCAUCCGUAACGUUAAGGGCCCAGUCCGUGUUGACGACAUCCUCUGCCUGCUCGAGUCCGAGCGCGAGGCCCGCCGUCUCCGUUAAAAUCCCCAAAAACGACAACUCACUCGCGCCAUGUCUUUCAUCUCUCUUCGUCUCUCGCACAUCCCUCUCGUCCGGUUUUCUAUGAUCGCUCUUCGGCCAAAACUGUGUCCCCACUUUUCUUUCUUGACGUACCUCUGAACUCCCCCCGACUCCUUCAACCUCAACCCGCCGCGCCCCCCCGAUUUCAUUCACCCCCUUCUCGACCUCUGGAUGCCGUGUUCCGUACGCGUUUUUCAUGAUCGAAUGUGAAGGUGGAGAAACUCUGGGUGGAAUGGAGCUUUUUUUUUUUUUUCUUGGGUGACUGGUGGUUGUAUUAUUCUACUUUCUGUUUGAAUAAUUGAAUUUACCGAUCAGAUUUUCCCCUCGAAAAAAAAUACAAGUCCCUGGAAGUCGAUCAUGGUCUACGAACGGGAGAGAGAGAUGGAGAGAAAUGAGCAGAUAAAAUUCAAAAAAACCCCUGUUUAUAUGAGAAAUGAAAUG